CUCCUUACAGUCUGCUAUACAAUUCUUAUGAUGUUAGUUUGGAGAAUUUGGCAUAAGAUCAACAAAUAAUCCCCUAUUUUAUAUUUUUAUCCAUUCUUAUAACUUGUCUGCUUGACAUAGUAUUAAUAAUGUAAGGAGAAAUUCUGUCUUGGUCACUCAUGGGAGUUAAAGGGUUAACAGAAGAUGGUUGCUUGGCAUCACGAGGCUCAGUUACUGGAGUAAAUUGUUUAACAAAAGAUGGUUACUUAGCAGUGGUGGGUUCUGGAGAAAAAGUUGAUUAUUCAACACUUUUUUAAGUAUGUGAAGAUAAUUCUUUUGUAUUGGUUGGAGCUUGACUAAGUUGCUCAGCUCAAGUACGUUCAUACUUUCAGAUGGUGGUUUGACAGAAGGAAAAGUUUGUGAACCCUUUAACUCUAAGAUCUCAUUAGUAAUUCUCCUUACUGUCUGUUACACAACUCUUAUGAUGCUAGUCUGGAGAAUUUGUUAUCGAAUAGACUAAAUAAUCCUCUAAAUUAUUAAUAUUUAUCUUCAUUCUUAUCACUUGUUUGUACGAUGAUUUAUUGAUAUCGUAAGGAGAAAUUCUUUCUUAGUCACUCAUGAGUGAGUAAAAGGGUUAAGUUUGAUCGCCUGAAAUCAGUAUUUCAGGCAAAGGAGAACUACAACAGCUACCUCAAGGCAACAGGAGAAUGAAAUGGUUUGUCUCAUGAGCAGAAUCAUCUUGCUACUUCAAAGUGAUUGAACACCUACGCUACUCCUCUAUUGUGAUCGGUGAAAAUGAACUGAUCCAAAAUUGAACCAUCAUUGACGAUGAAUACGUACAAAUUGAUCCCUUGAAGAAAAAGCACAACGCAAUAUGCAAACAGCUUCUCCUUAAGUUCCCGUGAUCUCAUUGUUGUUCACGUGAUCCUCCAAAAAGUUCGAAGAGACAAGUAGCGGCUCAGAAACCUCUGGAUUUUUCACAAUAGAACUACUGUUUAACCCAUGGACUUUCCCAUGUUUCUCGUCGCUCGUUGCAUCCCUCCAAAGAGCAAUAGCUUGCCAAUAAAAGUACCCAUCGUUUCUUUUGAUAAAACAGCGGUGAGAACGCGUUUAUCUCUCACAAAAGUUUUGGACGUCGAGUCAAAUUUUUUGUGUGCUCCUUUCUAAGUAGUCUAUCAAUUAUCGGGAUGAGCAUAACACAGGCAUCAACGCUGGUGUACGUCGGAGCUGGGGAUGAGGGGGGAGGUCUUGAGGAAAAAUGAGCUGAGCGAUGAGAUUCCCUUCCCACUCCCCGAGUAUCUCCCUAAGUACUUCCGACAGUUUUGCACUAGUCAACCGAUUUGUUUGGGCACGUCCAUAUUGCGCUGUCCACAGGUCGCGUGAUUUAAUUACAAUCUACGUUUCAUCCCCCACUGUGUCAUGGCACGCCUGAACUUUAUUGUGGAUUAUUUGCUCUCCCACGAAUAGUUUUGAUGUUUACACGCUGACAGCUAGCGAGAGUAACGUAUGCAAAAUGGCGGAUAUUGAACUAAAUCUACGUGACCUUUGCUUCACUUUCGGAUCAUUGGUAACAUUUGUCUGGCUGCUAUACUGGUGCGGAACAUAUCGGUUUUCUGUUCUUAAAAAUCUUGGUAUACCUGGACCUGAGCCAUGGCCAUUCUUGGGAAGUAUUCUCGAAGUGCACAAGUUUGGUGGUCUGCAUGCCAUGUUGUUGGAGAACAUGAAGCGCUACGGAAAGAUCUUUGCGCUGUGUUUGGGUCGAUCGCCCACAAUUGUUAUCACUGAGCCAGAGGUCUUAAAAACAAUUUUAGUAAAGGAAUUUACCAGUUUCAGGAAUCGAUCGGACGAGGUUAAACCUCCUCCUCCUCUUAACUGUGGCCUUUUGGCAGCCAGGGACGAUCAGUGGAAGCGAAUUCGAAGCAUUUUGUCACCAUCGUACACAACUGGUAAAAUGAAACAGAUGAUUCCACUUAUGGACGAUGCAGUGAAUGUACUGAUGAAGAAAUUAGAUGAAGUAGCUGACUCAGGUAUGCAGUAAAAUAUAUCUAACAACUUUGAAAAUCCCUUCGUUGUUUGACCAAAUUGCGUGACAAAGACAGAGUUACUUUGUGACUUCUACACCGGAAUAAUAAUUUACAUACGAAAGCAAACGGACCAAACGGGGUAAGAAUUCCUAUUAAAAGGACGACAAAAAAAUUUGAGCAAAUAUAAUCAAUUUCUCUGAAGAAUACUUUUCUCAGCUUAAUGUUUGACGAUAAACUUUCUGCUCUUUUCCUUUUCGAUUGUUUUGUUUCUGUGCAUUUUACUGUUUUGUUCUUUUGGUUAAUUUAUGUCGAGUACAGUUUUACCAUGACAAAAGCCUCUUUUGUUUCACUUAAUAAUUGCACAACUUAUUAUUAGUUUAGUCAACUUUGUGUGCUUAAAGUUGAAAUUAUUGGAAACGAUUUCGCUUCGAUUAAGAUUAAGGAUAUGGACAACUUUUGAUUGCGGGAAUUCUGUUAAGCUUUAACUAUUGUUGCUGUCUUGUUCUAGAAAAAAGUGUAGAAGUAGUGGAGUUGUUCAGCAAGUUAACUCUUGAUGUCAUCUUGUUAACUGCUUUUGGAAUCAAAACUGACAUUCAGACAGAUCCACAGAACUCAGUGACUAAAGAGGCACGAAAGUUGUUCCGUAGGUUGUGGCUGACGCCUUAUCUAUCGAUAUUCCCCUGUAGUUCUUUACUAAGGCGAAUAAUAGCGUUCUUUCGGCAAGGUUUAGCGUUCUUCGUGGGCGCGGCAACAGAGAUUUUCGAAGAGAGGAAAAAAUAUGCUACUGAGGGACGAAAUGAUCUGAUACAGCUCCUGCUAACCGCUCACGAUGAACCUGCAGCUCAGGGUGUCAGUAAACUGUCCGAUGAAGAGGUGAUAGCUCAGUUGAUUACGUUUUUAUUGGCGGGUUAUCAAACUUCCAGUAGCACACUGGCAUUCACUGCAUAUCACCUCGCUAUGGAUUCUGAUGUCCAAGAAAGACUAAGGUGUGAGGUAGAGAUUGCCAUUCAAACUUACCACGAUUUGCCUUUGUACGAUCUCGUCCACGAAAUUGAGUAUCUCGAUUGCAUCAUGAACGAAUCUAUGCGGCUUUGCCCACCCCUUCACAUCUUUAAUCGGAAAUGCGAAGAAACAUGCGCAAUAAGUCCAGGCCUCACAAUACCCGCCGGUAUGGAUGUUACCAUACCGGUUUACGCGCUUCACCACGAUCCCGAAGCGUGGCCCGAUCCCAAAGUAUAUGACCCGGAGAGGUUCCGGGGACCCGCCAAGGAAGCGCGUCACCCGUUCCAAUUCCUUCCGUUUGGCGCCGGUCCAAGGAACUGUAUUGGAAUGAAAUAUGCCAUGAUGGAAAUCAAAGUCGCCUUGGUCAGGAUUUUGAGGAAGUUUAAGUUUGUUCGAGCACCUGAUACACAAGUACCAUUAAUUUUACAUUCGGGCGUUACCCUUGGCCCGAGGGAUGGGAUACAUUUACGGGUCAAGCGAGUUAAAAGUCUAAUUUGA